AUGGGGAAGAAGCGAGUGGUUUAUUUUUAUGAUGCAGAUACAGGCAACUUUCACUAUGGUCCUAAUCACCCAAUGAAGCCGCAUCGCCUCACAUUGGCACAUACACUUAUCCUUGGAUAUGGUCUUACACAAGAUAUGAAGAUAUAUAAAGCUCCAAAAGCCAGUAUGAAAGAUAUGAUGACCUUUCAUACUGCAGAAUAUAUGGAGUUUCUUCGUGACGUCAAGCCUUCCAAUGUUUCUGAAUUUCCUAAAGACAAUCCUAUAUUUGAUGGCAUUUACAACUUCUGCUCUCUAUAUACUGGUGCUUCUCUUAUGGGGGCAAGAUAUCUUAACGAUGGUUACACAGAUAUCGCUAUUAAUUGGGCUGGUGGUUUUCAUCACGCCAAGAAGUUUGAGGCUUCCGGGUUCUGCUAUGUUAAUGAUAUCGUAAUAGCUAUUCUUCAGCUCUUAAAAUACCAUCCUCGUGUUCUGUAUAUUGACAUCGAUGUACACCAUGGUGAUGGAGUUCAGGAGGCCUUUUACUUGACAGAUCGUGUCAUGACAGUGUCUUUUCAUAGAUUUGGGAAUUAUUUCUUUCCCGGUACAGGUGACAUGUACGAAGUUGGGGCUGAAUCGGGCAAGUACUAUUCAGUAAACGUUCCGCUCAAAGAAGGAAUUGAUGACGAUAUGUACUUUAGUACGUUUAAAUCCGUGAUUACAGAAGUAGUUCAGUUCUAUCGACCAACCGCCAUCGUACUGCAAUGUGGGGCUGAUUCUCUUGGUUGUGACAGACUUGGUGUCUUUAAUCUGUCCAUUCGUGGACAUGGACGUUGUGUCCGCUGCGUACGGGCUCUAGGCAUUCCUACUCUUGUUUUGGGUGGGGGUGGCUAUACUGUCCGAAAUGUGGCUAGAUGUUGGGCCUAUGAAACCGCUGUGUUGUUGGACAGGGAAGAUAACAUUUCUGAUGAACUGCCAUACUCUGAGUACAUUGAAUACUUUGCUCCUGACUAUACUCUGCAUCCUGAUCUGAAUACUAAAUUGGAGAAUGCCAACACUAAAUCGGCAAAUGGCUCUUCCUGUGUCCUUUCAUUUUGUGUUUUGGUCUUCUAUGUGGAUGCGCUUAAGUCGACAAUUCAUGACAAUUUAAAGCAGCUUGCUCAUGCGCCCAGCGUCCAGUUCGUGGAUAUCAACGACAAUUUCCUCGAAACCUUCGAAAAUGACCCCGAAAGCGAAGAGGAGCGGGAAGAGGAAGUUGACCGGAAGGCGGAACGAAAGGAUCUCUAA